GAAGUUUCUCAUUUCUUUCGUGUUUUUGAGCUAACUUCAAGGCAUUGGUAACUACGCAACGUAACAAGUUUUUUUUUCUAAUCUUUUCUUGCAAAGUGGGAACAAGUGGGAAAGCGAGUUCCAUACGAACGGCAGGUAACUUUGCGCGUUGUUGCCAUAGAUAAGUGUUCUUCUAUUCAGAGGUGCUGAUUACUCCCCCACGAGAGUGUUUUUGUGCUGUUCUCAUUGGAAUUCCUAUUUCGUGUGUUGACCGCAUAUUACAAACACAACAGUGCGGACGAGUGAAGUGAUUUUGUAAGAAGAGUAUGGACCGGUACGAUUCCAGGACUAGCAACAAUUACGAGAUCAGGACAUCCAGUUCGGAUGAGCCCCCGAAUUCACGUUUGUUUAUCAUCGCCAAUAAGAGGUUAAACGAAUCUGAUUUUCGGGAUGCCUUUGCUAAGUUCGGCGAGAUCGAAGACAUAUGGGUAGUCAAAGAUCGUAGAUCUGGUGAAAAUAAAGGUGUUACCUAUAUAAAAUAUGCAAAAACAUCAGAAGCAGCUCUAGCUAUGGAAGCAAUGAAUGGUAAAAUAAUAGUGGGUUCGGAUAGGCACAUCAAAGUAAUGAUCGCUAGCAACCGAAAUAAAGGUUCGCAACGUGAGGAAAACGAGGAUGAAAAGAUUCAGCGACUGUUUGUUCUAGUACCCAAAACGAUGACAGAAGCAGAACUGGAAAGUUACUUUGGUCAGUUCGGUGAUAUUGAUUAUGUGAAUAUAGUUCGUGAUAAGGAAACGCGUGAAAGCAAAGGACUAGGGUACAUUAAAUAUUACAAGUUUUCUCAUGCGGCCAAGGCGUUUGAGGAAUGUGAUAGGAAGUAUAGAGCUGUAUUCUCCGAACCUAGAAAGAAUAAUUCAAAUAGAAAUAACAAUAACACCACCACUACGAACAACAACAAUAGUAAUAAUGCAAGCAAUGAUUACCAACAAACUUUGAGUACAAUUACGACAAAGCCUUUUCAAGAAAGUUCUAUUGGUAAUGGAGAUAAGUUCAAAAUUAUGGUAUUAGGUAGUCCACAAUUAACUGAAGAACAAGUGUGGAGAUUAUUUAAUAUUAUCCCUGGAAUGGAAUAUUGUCAGUGGAGGUAUGACACCAUUAAACGACGUCAUGUUGGUACGGUCGUAUAUUCGUCGUUCCAAUGGGCUACCCAUGCAAUAGACAAAUUAAAUGGGUUUGAAUAUCCCAUAGGAUCAAGACUACUAGUGAAACCUGAUGGGACCGUGCCUAGACAAGACACUAAUAGAACGUCGCAAAUAUCAAUACCAUCUAAAAGCAAUAUAAUUCCUAGUUCGAACAUAAUAGAACUUUAUGAGACAUUGAAUCACGCCACUGCAGUGAUACAGAAUGUUGUUCUAACACCAGACAAAUUUCGUACAGGUACUCGGAUCGCUUUGAGCCCGCACAGUGACAUUUCAGAGAUUUGCAGUGUUCAAUUGCCGGAGCCUCAAGCUUUAGCAAGCAUCGACGCGGAUACCGCCGCUCGGUGUUUCAUUGUUUGCACCCCGCCACCGCCUUCACAAGCUAUACUCAAGGAUCUCUUUUGUCGAUUCGGAAAUUUAAUCGAAGUUUAUUUGUUAUCACAUAAGAAUUGUGGAUACGCUAAAUAUGCUACAAAGGAGUCUGCAAUGGAAGCGAUUACGGUAUUGCACGGAGCUGAAGUUUCUGGUGGAAGAAUAAAGGUAAUCGAGGCGGACGAAAGAGGGAACAAUUCGCGAAAAAGGCUUCGAUUAGAUGACCAAUAAAUUAAUACUCAUAAAUAACUGACAUCACGACAUAAUAUGAUGGACGGAUUUGUACGAUGGACAGAGUUUGGACUGUUAGUUAUAUGUAUAUGCAAUGGAUGUGCUUCAUGUUUUAUGAUGAUUCCAAACAAAACAACAAACAAACCAAACAAAAUAUUCAAUCAAUCACUCACUCACACAUACACAUAUAUACAUAUUUAUAAUCACUAAUCACGAUUUUCUUUUGUACGAGUUUUAUGUUGCAAUGUGUUCUGUUUAUUUUUUGUUUUGUUCUGCUUUCUGGCUGGCCACAUACACGCACACUAUAUUACUUGUAGCAAGAAUAUAUUUGCAUAAUUCAAGCAGACGAAGUUAGGACAAAUAAAUUAUUUAUUUUAAUGUUGAA